UAUUUAUCUAUGCAUAUAUGUCUGUAUAUUCAGCUGCUACAUGCAUUACAGACACAAACGUGAGUAUAUAUAAAGCGUUUGGCUGUAAACUGUCGUAUAAUUCACUUUUUUGGUGUAGUAGAAUGGAUCUAUUGAAUAUUUAACAACUCCUUUGAUACACAUAUGCGAUUUAUCAUUGAACAGGACAUUUUUCUCCUCUGAAUACACAUUAAGCAGACAGAAAUGGAAUCUAAUUUCGUCGCUUUUUUGGCUUCUUUUCUCUUUAAGGGAAAAGACAAUGUUGAUAUCAAAGGAUAAUUCAGUCUAGUUAAUCAGUUUCAGUUGAAAAAAAUAGUCGGUGCUAUCCAGUGUAAUGUUGUUGAUUUCUUCUCAUUGAGAGAAGAAAAAUCAAUUUUUUUAUCCUAAAAUGAAGUUCCCAUCAUAAUAUAUUGAAUAAAUUUCGUGGAGAACAUUCAUGUUAUCUCCAGUCUAUGUGUACAUGUUAAAUAUCCUCUACGUUUCUCGAUUUACAGAGGAUGACCAUGAUAAAAUUAAACUUUUCUUUCGUUUCAAUAAACAAAUCAUCAUAAAUCAUAAUGUUAUCAAAAUCAAAAAUAGAGGCACACAAUUUAAAACAUCCGCCUUUUCAACCAUCUUCAUCUUCUUUAGUUAAACAAAGUAAAAAGAUGAUUAAACGUUCAGUGACAUUUGAACAUGGCACAAAUUCAAAUGUAUGGUUUACAUCUAGUUCUUCUUCACCUUCUUAUUCUUCUUCUCUUCCAUUUACUUCUACAUCACAAUGUUAUACAAAUCGAUGCAAUAAACAAACAUUUACAUUUUCUUAUCUUUUACGAAAUAAUCCACCUUUACUACCCGGUGAUAUUUUAAAUUAUUUUAAUUUUACAAAAUCGCCAUCUACAACAAUGUCUCCUGUCAUUUCAAGGUCAAGUAUCAAUUCAAAUUUUACAGGAAAGGUCAAGGUUAUUGUUUGUGUGAAUAAAACACAUGAUAACAGUAGUAGUCAAGGCUUAGCAAUGAUAGCAUCGACAGCGAUGAAAACAGUUGGAGAUCUUCUAUCAACCAGUCAUCCUUUAAGUACAAUUCAUCCAAAAUCAGAUAGAAAUUCAUCAUCUGCUUCGACAUCACCUUCUGCUUCAUAUUCACUUGUGAAUUGUCUUCAAAUUGAUCAUUAUCGUAAAGCUAUCACACUGUUAGAUCCUACACCAUCACGUCGAAGAGGUGGUGGACUACCGAAAAUGUAUAAAUUUGAUAAUAUUGUAACCCAGGAUACAUUAACACCUAAAUUUUGUUCUAUGGUCCUCAGUGAUGCUAUUACUGCUGUGUUGAAUGGACAGGAUAGUUGUAUAAUAACUAUUGGACAUAAAGCUACUGGUAAAACUCACUCUAUGAUAGGCUAUGAUUAUUCACCAACAGAAUGUGGUAUCAUACCAUGUGCUAUUAGUUGGUUAUAUCAGUUACUGAACUAUCAAAAACGUGUAUAUAAUACAAGAUUUUCUAUACGGAUAUCAGCUGUUGAAAUUUCUGGUCCAAAUGAAGAAUUUCAUGACCUGUUAGCUAAUACAUCUGUUUCAUGUGAUGAGGAGUAUUCUGACAAGUCACCAAGUCAUUAUUUACAAACACCAAAUACGAUAUAUCAAAAUAAAGCUUCAUUAUCACCACCGUUGUUACCAAACGGCAAAGUGGGUUCCUUCACCGCCACUACCGCUGCCACCACUAACACAGUAUCAACACGAACAACAAUAACAACACAUUAUGAGAAAACACAGUCUAUUUCUGCUAAAAUGGUUGAAAAAUUAUCUAAUCUGUGUGAAUUACGUGCAUCCAGUUCUGAAAAAGCAGCUCAUCUUCUUGAUACGGCGCUAUCCAAUCGGUCUGUGCAUAGAUGUGAUCGUCUAUCUGGUUUAUCGCAUAUGUUAUUCACUCUACAUUUAUACCAAUGUAAAUUAGAGAACAAUAGUAAUGAAAUGAGCAUUUCUGGUGGAAGAACCAAAUUUCAUUUUCUUGAUUUGGGUUGUGGAAGAUAUGGACAACAUUCACUUAGCAUGGAUAAAUGUACAGAUAUAGAUAACAGUUCAAAAGUCAAUAGUAAAUUGAGAUUUCCUACAAAGAAUGAUAUGAAAGAAAAUUCCAGUGGUGCAACGACUAUGGAUGAUGCCAAUUUAACAAGAUUGUCAACUAAGGAUAGUGAGACUACAUCGUCACCAUCUAUUCAUAAUAUAGAAGUUAAUGAGAAUCGUACAAUUUCGAAAGCUCUCUCAUUAUCUGGUAUUGGUAGUGUUCUGUUAGCUUUAUUGACUGGUCGAAGACAAUUACCGUUUCGUGAUUCUUCCCUUACCUAUUUAUUACGUGAAGCAAUAACUGGUAAUCAAAUUCAACCGUGUAUUUUAGCCCAUGUAUCUGGGAAUGCACAGUACUAUACAGAAACACUACAGGUAAUUCAACUUGCUACGGAAAUAAACAGACUUCGACGUCGUAAAAUUGGAGUCAAUCAUUCCGGUACACUAACAAAAGAUACUGGCCAAUUAGGGUCUAAUUCAGACAAAAGUCAAGACGACACUGGUUCAUCAUCAAUGGAUACAGAAAAUGGACCAAUGAAAAUUCAUCGAUCAUAUUUACGUAGACCAAGACUUGGUCGAUUAUCAUACGCCAGAUCAUUGGGAUCGUGUAGUUCAGAACUCGAUUGUACAUCAAGUGGAGAACAAUCUUGUGAUACAGUAAUUUAUGUAGGUAAUAAGAACCUACUACAAAGUGUACAUCGAUAUAGUGACAGUCAUCUUUCAUCGCAUUCCAUAAGUGAAUUGGGCCCAAAAGGAUUAUCGGAUGAUAGUGUCGAUGUGAAUGAUAUAGCACACAGUCAGAGGGGAUCAUCAGAGUCAAUGACUAUGAAUGAUGAAAAACUAAGGAAGAAGAAUCAAAUCAACUACCCUGUGAACGGAUCAACUAUAGUGAAACGAAUGAUACCUAGAACAAAUGCAACUGCUUGGCCUCGUGUUGUCAGUGUGAGAAGAUCUAAAAAAUUACUCCAGUCAACAUCAACGUCAUCAUCAUCAACAAUGACAACAACUGAAGAGACAUGGAUUGAUGGUCCAAAUGUAGCAUUGAAAACAUUACCAAGGACGACGGCAACGAGCAUGACGAUGGUGACAACAACAGAAACAAUAACAAGUAAGGAGAAUGUAGCCAAUAACCACCACGAAACAGUAUUAAUGCACAACAGUCAGAGUGUAUCAAAGAAUGAGACAAGUUGUUCACCUGCACUCUCACCUCUACCUGCACCACCUUCCUAUCAUAAUCAUGUACAUAAUUUAAUUAAGGAUACUUCUACUACUACUACUACUACUACCUCAUUUAUCUCAAAUACAGAAGAGAUGUGUAAACAAAUAACAGAAGAACCGAUUAUAAAUUCAAUUCAAACACAAACUCUAGUUCCCGACACAACAAAUAUUUUCGUAAAUAAGUCUAUUUCUGAACCAAUACAUCACCUUAGUACUGAAAACAAUUUCAGUAGCUCAAGUAGUAGUACAUGUUCUACAUUGGAAAGUAAUCAAAGUAGAAAAGCUCCCAGAGCUUUAUCUGAUAUAUCUGAACGUACUGAAGAAGCUGAAACAAUACAAGAAUCAAAUUCUAGUAAACAAUUAAACUUAAGCCUAUCACAGGAGUGUUUAACUUCAAGUUUGUUUACAACAUCACAAUUAUUUCCUUUUGACAAUACAUUCUACUCAAAUCAAUUAUUGAUUAAAGAAAAUCAAAAACUUGAGAGCAUUGACAAUCACAAUUCCAAUCCUUCUACGCUGGAUACCUCUACAAAACCCACCGAAGUACUCCUCGAUAUUGGCAGACAGAUUCGUGAAGCAUCUAAAUGUAACAAUUAUGCAAUUCCUACAUCAUACGUCUCUGUAAAUGUGCCACAAUAUUUGAAUUGUUUAAAUGAAGAUGAUGAAUUAAUAUCAAAUUUAAAGAACACAAAAUCACCAUCAUUCAAUUGUUCAAUGGUUAAUGAAGUUGUCUACACAUCAUCAUCAUCAUUAUCAAAUGACAAUCAAACUGAUUGUUUAUCAAGCAUGAAAGUUAAAGAAAAUAAUGGAGGUCAUUUGAAAAAUGUUCCUAUCUUCAAUAGGUCACUUUCUGUUACGUCAUCGCAUCAACUUCAAUCUCAUAAUUGUACAAAGAUGAAAUAUCAACAUUCAUUAAGAUCUCGAACACAACCGUCAAAAAUGAAUAAAACUGGAAAAUCUAUAGACAUAUUGACAUUAUUACAGAAUAACAACACUACUGCUACUACUAUUACAGCCACUACUACCACUAGUAGUACUAGUAAUCACUAUACGAAUACAUCUUGUACUGCUAACAGUUCAUUAUUUCGUGUUGCUGAAUGGGUUAGUUCAAUCAAUCCGCCUUGUUCAUAUCAAUCUGAUCAACAUUCAAGCAUGUUCAAUUGUUCAACAUAUAAAAAUGAAACUGAUCAUAAUGAUAAUGUUAAUAAAAACAAUAAUAAUAAUGAUAAUUCACUUCAUUACUGUAUAAAUUCUACAUUGAUUACAAACAAUCCAAUAAAAUCAUAUUUAAACAAAGAUAAAAAUAAUUCUAAUCAUUCUGUUUAUUCAAUGACAGCAAAGACAACAACAUCUUCAACAUUUAAUGAUUCAGCUAUUGGUUCAUCCAAGUAUACAAAACAGAAUAAUUCUUUGUUAAAUUCAAAUUAUACAUCAAGGUUAUGUGAACAAUUAGAGAGUAAACAAUCAUUUCCAUUGUAUAGUUCAUCACCAGUUGUUCCACCUCCAUCCCUUUUAUCUAUUAAUAAUGAUACAAAUCCUCACAUUUAUCCAUAUUAUUCAACUAGAUCUGAUGAUAUUUGUCAGAUUCCACAAUCAUAUUCAACUCCAAUUUUUCUUUCAUCUCAAGAAAUGUCUGCUUACAGUAAUAAUACUAAUGAUAAUAAUACUAACCAUUUUAAUAAUUUACAUCCAUCUUACAAUUAUCUGUCAAAAUCUCCUUCCUUCAAUUCAUCAGAAGUAUUUCCAAUGAAAUUUAUUGAAGAGCCUAAUCUACUUAACAGAACAACCUAUGAAAUAGAUGGAAAUAUUGAACAUUCUCAUGGAAAUUAUCAUUCACCUAAUCAUAAUGUCAAUGUUGCCUAUCAUUCAAAUUAUUCUAGUCAAAUAGGCUGUAAUCAUUCAAUUGAAACAACACCAAAACAAGCAUUUUAUGCAUCUACAUAUCAAUAUUCAAUUAAAGAAAGUCAACAUGAUCGAUCAAUUCAAGUUCAUUUAGAUAAUACUGAGAAAAAUUUAAAUAAAUUAAACAAUAUCAACCAUGAUAUAAAUGUAAAACAAUUCAUAAAUAUCCCGCUCAAUUGUUACCAUAACAACGAAGAUGUUAAUAAACAAAUAGAAAAAUCAAAAAUGAAAUUAUCAUUAAAAUUUUUAACUUUACCAUUAUUUCGAAAUUUUCGUUUACGUAGAAAAGAUAAAAAAAGUAAUUUUAAUAAAGUUAAAAAGGAUACUAAUGAUAGUAUAAUGAAAAAAGAACAAAAAUUACUAUUACAUAACAAUAAUGAUCAGUGUAGAAAUGAUGAAUUGAUGAAAUCUCCAUCAAUCUUACAUUCAUUAAGUUUACCAGUGAAAUUGACAACAUUUGGUCAUAAAUCACCUGAAUGUAAUGUGAAAUCUGUUCAACCAAAUACUGAUAAUAACAAUAAUAAUAAUAAUAAUCACUGUUAUCAUUGCUGUCAUCUACAUCAUUCUCAUCAAAAUCAGUAUUCAUAUCCUACUGUUUCUGUCCCACAAUCAUCUAUUGUACUUCAAGGUCAUCAUACUCCUUCACCUCAUCUUCCCACUACUAAUAUACAUCAUCCAAUGUAUCAUGAAUAUAAACAAUUUGAUCAACAUUUAUGGAAUCAAUAUUCAGAGAAUACUCAGAUAAAACCUAAUCAUAAUCAGCAUCUUAAUCAAUGUAUUCCAUUACAAAAUCAAUAUAUUCAUUAUAAUGAAUUGGUUAGUACACAGAAUGAAUCAUUUCAACACAAGAAUGAGAUAAGUUCAGGUCUACGGAAUAGUGCAUCGACUGGAUUCACUACAAUUAGUGGAAAGUUGCCAGCAUCAAUAAAUCGAUCAACUCGUCGAAGUGUACACAUUGGUAGUGGUGGUGGACCAUCUAGUAGUGGAUAUGAAAGUAUGCGUACUGGUGUUAGUGAAUUAUCUUUAUCUCAUCAAGAUUCAGCUAGUGAUUGUUCUGGACAGUUUAAAGAAAUCUUUUCUAGACGUUCAUCUCUUGAUGGAUAUCGUCAUAGAUGUAGUAAUCAACAUUAUCAUUAUCAUGACCAACGUCAACACUGUCAGCAAUCAACAACACAUAGUCACAAACAAACAAACAUCACUAUCAAAUAAAAUUAAAGAUGCAUUGAAAAUUGAUUCUACCCUUGUAAAAUAGAACAUGAACACAUAAACACAUAUAUACAUUACAUAACCAACUGUUUCACCUAUUUAUAUUCCUGCUCUACAUUAACUUGUACCUGUUCAUAUAUACCUUGUCAAUAAGUCAUUGAACCUGUUCAUCAAAUUCUUCUACUUUUAUACAAUUUAAAAUAAUUUUGUGUAUUGUACACACUUUAAAUUUAUUGAAUAUACAAGGAAGGAAGAUAAAAGGAGGUAAAUUGCAUUAAAAAUACUAUGAGUAUUAGAAAGUCUACUGUUUAUCCCAAUGUUGUAUUAUCUAAUAAUAUUCUAUGUUCAAUAAUAUAAUAACAGUGGACAAAGGUAUACCUUAUUUGUUUAUUUGUAUGUUUCUUGUUUUACGGUCUAUUUCUGGCAUUUUUGACUUAUUUAUUUACAUCAUUUACGAAAAAAAAAUACAAGAAUUUAUUUCUUACAUUUUAA